AUGGGAGAGACUAGGUGCUUGUUGUUUAACGCGAUACUCCUUGGAGAUGCGGUUCGAGGAGCCGUAAGCUUCCAACUGCUUCCUGAUGAAGCAAAUCUGUCGUCUGAGAGCGGCACUGCUUUCGAUUGGCAUGUUGUUAGGCAUAAACUAGUUGAACUCUCUAAGCGGUUAUUGGACUCCUGGGCCUUUACGUAUCUGCUCAUAGGUCACCGACUGUUCAACUAUUCCGAAUUAGCAGUCCCCAAGAAAGAUUUAUUGACCGUGGCCAAAAGGCCGGCAGUGCUUGCAUGCGGGACAAACCUAUGCGACUACUAUCUUCGCAGAAAUUAUCACAGCGAUAUUGCCAACGUAUCGUAA